GCUAGAGCAUACUCUGCAUCUCCAGCUCACACCCGUAGUCUUGCCAUCAAGUCUUGCGCCCAGCACACCUUGAUCGUAGAUAUCUGUGGUACAAGAGACAGCGUCAGCCCAUUGUGCCUUUGUCAUAAGCAUGCCUCAUUCACAUCCGUGCACUUCGGGAGUAGUGGGUUCACCACCAGAUGCCGUCGAAACUCUGUCGUCGUGUUUCAUCGAACAUGCUGAGCAAGUCGGCUUCGUCCUCAGCAAAGCCCGAUUUCUCGAGCACACUCGGUCACGCAGCUCCACACUCACCCCCGCCCUAAUUUACGCAGCGUGUACGUGGGGCGCCCGAAUGUCCUGCGACGAGUCGCUCGCGGUUCAUGAACCCAUAUCGCUUUCUCGCGCUGUUCAGGGCGUCGCCGACUGCCUUGCGCACGUGUCGCAAUAUAACAUCACUCACGUCAUUCAGGCCGAGGUCCUGCUCGCAACGUACUUCUAUUCCAUGGGCCGAUCUAUGGAAGGACAUUACCACACCAGCGCGGCUGUGGCUCUGGCUGUGAUCCUCCAGUCAGACAAUGCUAGCGCUGUCUCGGGUUCCUCCCGUAGACCGGAAUAUUACCAACAAUCUCGCACAAUAAGCAAUGCCGAAAAUCUCGGGUCAUCCGUAGAUGAGGAAGAGAGACAACACAUUUUCUGGGCCGUCUACAUUCUGGAUAGAACCUGGUCUGUCGCAACAGAUCCCCGCAUCGGCGCACCUUUCGUGAUAACCCACGACGUCCCACGAGUCGCGGCGUUACAAAUUGACGCGCCUACACAAGCAUCAAUCAGCGAUUACACAUCUAUUCAAGCACAUACUCACUGCGCUUUAGGCGCACAAUGUACCAUGCUUGCGUUACGCGCCAGGGCGGCCGACUUAUACGAACGCACUUCCUCGACGACUUCGCAGUUCUCCGGUGUGUGCUUACCGCGCAAUACCGGCGGAUGUCUAACAUCUUUGUUACCAUCGGUCUUCUCCUUCGCAGACACGAGCGUCUCCCGCAGAACCACUGCCGAAUUCUUCGCGUUAGAGAAUACUAUCAGUACAUUCUUAGGGUCACUACCUCGGCUUGACGCAACUGCUCGCCCUGAGGAUGCGAGCAGUCUCAUGCUAGUGCGUGCCCUAGCUUACACAGCGGCAAUACAACUCUUCCGCGACUGUCAUGAUCCCCGGACAUCCGCCCGCCGGAAGGCCCUGGCGUCCGCAAUGUCUGUGUCCGCACUUCUAGAUGACCGCGACUGGGAAGAAGACCGAUUCGUCGACCCCAUCCUAUCGAUACUUUGGGGAAACAUCGCUCGCGUUCUCAUAGGUCAGUCUGCUAGUCGGCGGAUCUGCCAUUGUCUACCUCAUACACUGCCUUUACUAGCUGUCAGUAAAAGAGAUCCAGAGCAUGAAGACGGUCGAAUGGCCCUUCGCGCGUUGCAAAAGGUACAACAGGUCAUGGCACUUAGCAGCCGCACGAUCCCUAACAUGGGUGCGCAUUUGCCUCUUGAUCAAGUAUACUAGUUGACAAGAUCCAGCCCUCCAGCUGGCCCGGAUACAGCAGGAAGCC